CGCAGAGGUUUGACUACAGUCAGAAGAAACACAAAAGUUUUACAGCUGGCGAGCGACGCUCCUGAGCCGCCGGAGUAGCGACCUGCAAACUGAUCCCAGUCCGGGUCUGAGCGACUGUUUGUUGACAGACAGAGAGAGAGGGAGGCGGGUUACCACAGAGAAGUUGCAAAGGUGCCUAUAACCUUCAGACAUAAACUUCUGGCUUAUAGACAAUUACAAUGGCUGACCGUUUUGACUGUGACAACUGCAAAGAGUCCUUGUAUGGCCGAAAGUACAUCCAGUCAGAUGACAGUCCCUACUGCAUCCCCUGUUACGACAGCCUGUUCUCUAACACAUGUGAUGAGUGCAAGGAGCUGAUUGGCCAUGAUGCAAGGGAGCUCUUUUAUGAAGACCGGCAUUAUCAUGAGCACUGCUUCCGCUGUUUCCGCUGCGAUCGCUCUUUGGCAGAUGAGCCCUUUACCAGCCAGGAUGAGUCCUUGCUCUGCAAUGACUGCUACUGCAAUGAGUACUCAUCUAAGUGUGUUGCCUGCGACAAGAUCGUCAUGCCAGGUACAAGGAAGCUGGAGUAUGCAGGUUCUACAUGGCACGAGGGCUGCUUCAUCUGUAAUAGCUGUGAGCAGCCAAUUGGCUCAAAGUCAUUCAUCCCUGACAAGGAUGAACACUAUUGCGUGUCCUGCUAUGAGGACAAGUUCGCUCCACGCUGCACACGCUGUAAAAAGACCCUGGCUAAAGGUGGCGUGACCUAUCGGGAUGAGCCAUGGCAUAAGGAGUGUUUUGUGUGCACCAGCUGUAAGAUGCAGCUGGCCGGUGAACACUUCACCUCCCGAGAUGACAGCCCUUACUGCCUCAAGUGCUUUGGCAGCCUGUAUGCCAAAAAGUGUGAAGCCUGCAGCAAACCAAUCACAGGUUUCGGAGGAGGAAAGUACAUCUCAUUUGAGGAUCGCCAGUGGCAUCAGCCGUGCUUCACGUGCUCUCAGUGCUCUGUUUCACUGGUUGGUGCCGGUUUCUUCCCUGAUGGUGAAAGGAUCCUGUGCCGCGACUGCCACAGCAACCUAUAGAGUAGUAAUUCAUCCUCACCCUUCCCUUGACUUACCGUUCACCCUCCGUCACAGCAUUUCAAGAACCCGAAGUCAUUACCGAGGAAGGUAACACAGGCUAACAAAUGCUGCCUCUCAGGUCAUUUUUCAAGAUCAGUUCCUCGCUGUCCGGAUUAACUUUUCAUCCAGGAGAGCGCAAAAUCCUGUUUUGAUGCUGCAUUGUUUUAAUGAACCACCACAAAGAUUUCCUCUUAACCAAAAAGGUUUUGUGAAACAAAGAUUAAUGAGUGCCUUAAGAAUAACAUGCCUUAUAUAUUAUGUGCUAUUAAUCCAAAGAAAUGCAAGAUGCUAGUCACUUUGCCAAAAAAGCCUUCAUAUUUUAUACAAAUAUGUUGCAACUUCAGAUAAAGGUCAGGCUCUGAAGAGAAGAGACAGAACACUGACGGUGUAGUAUAUAAACCUAACAGUCUGUAUUUUCAAAUUUUGGUGGUGUAACUGUUGUAAUGCUCUUAUAACUGCAGUUUUAUGCAUUUUUGAAUGUUGCUUUUUCCUCACGUGUCAGUUAUCUAUCUUUGAUGUAU